AUGGCCUACAGUCAGUCACAGCAGAUGCAGAAGGACUUCCGGCUUCCGAUGGUGCCAGGACUGUCCUGCGGUGAGGAGAUGAUGCGCCGCAACUACGACCGUCGCCAGAUACAUGGUGUGCGGAUGGACUCCGCGACGAUCAUUCCUGGCGUGCCAGCAGACCGCACUCUCGGGGCCGGUGAUGGUAGCACCUACCCUCGCUCCACACUCAAGGACGCCGCGACGACCGUCACGGCGGCGGAUGAGGCUAACGAGCAGAGCGUGGAGGACGUGACAGGACGCGUACUUCGCUACUACGGCUACUGCAUCGAACCAGUCUCGGACAGUGCGCAGGAGAUGGAGCGGGUGCGCAAGGUGAUCAUCAACUUCUACCUGGAGGAUGGCACGAUGAGCGUGACGGAGCCACGACAGGACAACUCCGGGUUCGCCUUUACCGCCAACCUGAAGCGCCAUAUCGUGCCCAACCCGGACGGCACACCGAUUACCGCCGCGCAGCUUAGGGUCGGCGAGCCGGUGUCCUUCUACGGCCGCACGUACGAGCUGUACGACGCCGAUCCCUUCACUCGGGCCUUGCUCAAAGAAGCCGGAGAAAAGGUGCCGGCGGCCAUCGUGCCGCCGACGGACGCGUACACCUCCAUGCGCAGCCGCCCUGUGGCUAAAGCGCACGACGUCCCGUCCAUCGCGGCGUCCAGCCCACUCAACACGAUGCUCUCGGCAGCCCAGGUACGGGCAACCCGGCAAUUCCUAGAGUUUGAUCGUAAGGUGCUGCGGUGCGACUGCACAUGGGACGACACGGCCAGUCUCUACGGCACAAAGCACUUUCUCACCCUCUACUACUUCCUUAGCGACGGCAGCCUUGCGCUGGUCGAGAAAGAUGUGCAGAACAGCGGCCGCGAUCCGUUCCCCAAGUUCUUUAGCCGCCAGCGGAUCGCGAGGUCGACGGACUCCUCCGGCAAGUUCGACUCUUCGACUCUUGGCUCCGUCACCUUUAAGGAGAACGCGAACACAGUCUACUACACUGACGAGGACAUCCGCAUUGGAAACGUGCUCAACCUUUACGGCCGCCAGGUUAAGAUCCACGACUACAAUCAAUACACUCGCGACUACAUGGCGGAGCGAUUUGGCAUCACAUCAUACAAGCCCAUUCCCGGCGCCACGCCGCCGCCGUUUGUGCCGCCGUGCUCGACCCGCCGCGAGAUCUCCGAGGAGGAAAUGCGGGAGCGCCACAACGAGAAGCACGAGGAGCUGCGCCGCCACCGCUUCGCCAACUCCGUUGUCAAGUUUCUCGCCCGCCUGGACAACAACAAAGAGGAAGAUAAGGUGCGCCGCUUCGUACUGGCCGUUUACCCGGCCGACAACACCGUCUCCAUCUUCGAGCCCGUCAUCCGCAACAGUGGCAUCGUGGGCGGAAAGUUUCUACAGCGCCAGAAGGUUCGCCGCGCCGACGGCGAGUACUUCCACGCGGACGACUUCUACGUCGGCGCGCGCGUGGAGCUGAACUCGUUCCCGUUCGUCAUCCUCAACUCGGAUGAGCACUCGCUGAACUACAUGGAGCACAAUCCCGAGGAGUUUAGCCACUCUGACAUCAACAAAAUCGUUCGCAAGAUGCAAGCGAUGUUGCAGAGUAGCACCACAGGUCUUGCCGAGGCGUUCCGCCUCGCCGACGAGAACCAGCGCGGCGGCCUCGACAUGGCGGUGUUCCUGUCCAUCAUGAAGGAGCUCAAGCUGGAUGUCACCGAGCAGGAGAUCCUGACAGUGCUGCGGUACUUCGACAAGAACAACGAGUCGUACGCCAGCUACGAGGAGGUGGCCAGUCGCAUCAUGCCAGAAGGUGGCGCGGUGGCACGCGAUAACCGCUCGUGGGAGGCCAUCUACCAGGAGAGCGCUGAUCAUGCCACCACGUCGUUCCUCAACGACCCGAAGGAGGCGGAGGAGGAGGAGCGCAAGAAGCGCGAAUCCGCGGCGGCGGCUCGAGGUGCGGCGGAGUUCCUCGAGCUCUACCAUCAGCGCCGCCAGCUGUUCAUGAAGGAGUUCCACGCCAUCACCGACUAUGCCAAGGACAGCCUGAUCGGCGCUGAUGAGUUCAAGAUGUGUGUGCGGCGCAAGCUGCAGCUUACCUCCAUUUGCGACGAAGAGAUGAACGCACUGGCGAAAAAGCUUUUUCCUGCAGUGGUACCGCGUGUGUCGCACGAGGAGUUUAUGCGCCUCCUGAACAGUACCUCGACCUACGCCCACACAGUCACUGCCAUCGCUUCCCACAGUGCUUCGAAGUAA